AAGGAAACGGUAACCAAAGGGGAGAUAAACCUGCUCUCACACGAACACACAGAGAUCAGACGGCAGACGACUAACGUAGGGUGAUGAAGAUGUCAGGGAGAGUUGUGAGUUGCUGUGUAGCAUUGUUUCUUGUCCUCACCUCUGUGUCAGCUGUGCAAAAGCUCAAUUCGAUCGAUGAUUUGAAAAAGAUCAACUUUGGCUGGUCUGUGCCCAAGCACAGUCUUGUGCUGCUCCACUGGUUUGCAAACAGAGUCGACAUUAACAAUAACGAUGUCAUACGGCUGACUUUUAAUCCAAAUGGAGAUUAUGGCUCACAUCAUUACGGGAACUUUGAGGGGCUGUUGGAUCCACUGCCUCCAGGAAGAUACCGCUACUACACUCUUGGCAAUCUCUACCAAGACACAUCUGAACCACUUCCACGUUAUGUUAUCCAACCCCCAACAGAGGAGUAUGCGAGAACAAAUGUGGACCGGAUCAUAUUCAGAGUCAGGGAGCACAACACAGCUUGGCAGACAAUAGAUCAAGUGUAUAUCACACAGCAUUAUGGAACUUCAUAUGCAGAGACAAGAUAUGAUCCAGCAUAUACCUACCAGAUCAGUACAAACCUCUUAAGACAGAUUAGAGAAUUUUCUGUAGAAGAAAACCAAAGGAACUCACUGACAGAGCUCAGAGAUCACUUCAGGACUAACGCUGAUGAUUCCCAGUUAAGGCACCUCAGAAACAUAUGGGGUAACCUUGCGUGCCUUGGACUGCUGUUGUAUAUUGUGACCCAGGACAAACGCCCCUCUAACCAACACUACUGCAGACCUCAGCAUGCGGCGAGAAGAAACCCACAACCUGAUUUCUUCUACAACACUCCAGAAAACAGACAAUAUCAUAGGAAUAGUAAUGAUGAUGAUUGUUGCCAGAGCUGUUUAUCUAUUGUUCUUGUUUUUAUUUUCCUUCUUGCUUUUUUUUCCUUUUUACAUAUAAACGGAAAGUAGAUGACUGGAAA